GGACCGGGUAGUUCAAAACUUGGGGAAAUCUUCCCUCUCAAUUUCAUGCAGGUGUGCCGAUAUCGCGCUCCGUCUGAGAUCACUCUGUCAAUAAAUCGUAUAUCAACCACUUGUCAUUUCGUGCCGUAGGGGCAACACCAGUUUUAUUUCCCGUCGUUAAAUUCACAAGUGGUGGCCAAGUAUCAACCGAUAUCUAGCCUUUGAGCGAAGCACGGGGAUCUGGUUGAGGAACGCCUCCCGAGCUAGUCUGAGCUAACAAACCUUCUAGUCGAUAUCAUUUUUUUUUAGUUUGCCAACUCGCAGCCAGUCAUGACUCUGGAGUUCCUGAUGCCCCAGCCCCACCACUACCAGCAAGAAGGAAACAUGUACAGGCACCCUAACUCUGCGGCCCAGGCCUACUCAUCCUACAACUACAGCCAAACUCCCACUACCCACUAUCCGUCCGAGUACCCGGCGGCCAGCGCUUCGUACCAGGGCUCCGGCGCCCUGGACGUCCAGCAGCAGCAGCAACAGCCCGCCCCGACUACCAAUUCCUCCUCUUGGGCCUCGACGGGCUUUCCGACCGCGGGACUCCCCGGAGUGGACUGGGGGUCCGCCUCGCAGGAUCCGUUCGGGGCCAAUGUCUUCCCUGGGCAGACACCGGCCGGCCCUGUGAGCGGUUCGCCGUACAACACCGAUGAUCUCGACUACUACCAGGGGUUCGGACAGUCCGUGGCCGUCAACAGCGUCUCGCAGGCCCUGCACAGACCAGCCAUUCGCUCGCCUUACCACGACUGGAUGAGGUCGUCUUCAUACCGGGUCAACCCCCAAACAGGAAAAACUAGGACGAAGGACAAGUAUCGCGUAGUGUACUCGGAUCACCAGCGCCUGGAGCUGGAGAAAGAAUUCAUCUACAGUCGGUACAUCACCAUCAGGCGCAAGGCGGAGCUUGCCGUGUCUCUGGGACUGUCAGAGAGACAGGUGAAGAUCUGGUUUCAGAACCGCCGGGCUAAGGAGCGCAAGCAGAACAAGAAACGUGCGGCUCUGGGCGGCGAGACCUCCUCUGACCAGACCAGACUCGACGCUACCCCGGACGGUACGGUGGAGGCGGACGGAGGUGGCCAGGGACAUGACAUCAAAGAGGAGACGGCAGUCAAGGAGGAAAUACUGGACGACGUGGCAGCCAGCCGGAGGGAGCUCGGGGAGUUACGGGCCCCUGUCAGCAGCACGGCAGAGGUACUAGAGAUGACCGUGGCGCAACCCCGCCUGCACGGAACUCCGCCUGGGCUCACCCUGCCUGAUGAAGUGCCGCAAAUGCAGCUUUCAGCAGCCUGCCAGCUACAGACGGCCCGCACGAUCGCCACAGUCGCCUCAACCCUUCGCCCACACUGCAUCAUAUGAAAUGAGAACCAGGCUCCUUUCUCGCAGUACGGAGCCAUUUGUUAAGUAUCGCAUAACACUCUCAUCCGCGAGGGCAAAACGUGCAUCAUUCGGCGAGUUAGAUUUUCAGCGCACACAAUUUUCGGAUUCAAUAUUCAAACCUAAAGAGAAGAAAUAGUCGGAUAAUCAACUAACCUGUGUACAUGUUCCUACUUGUGCAGUGCAUCACCACAAUGAGGAAAACUUGACCUCCGUCGACAGCCAUUCUAAAAGGAAAAUAGGAAUUUUUGUACCUUGCUAUUUUUCACUUUGCUAAGUACAAUAUAAUGUAAAAAGUUUGUAAAAAGUUCUAAAUUAUAUAGCAACUCUGUUGUCGAAAAGGAAUGUGCACAACACCGUCAUUAGAGCACAUGUACUUAACAAAAUUAGCAUUAAAGGAAAAUUUCACUGAAAAAAGUAAACAACGCCUUACACAAGUACAUGUAUACUACUGCUCAAAGUUCCACGUCCAUGUAUAAGAAUACACGCAUAUACUCGCCGUUAUAUGAAUCAUUACUUCUGAUUUUCAAAGUACAGACGUAAAUUGUAGAAUUAAGGAGACGGGUGAUAAUAUGGGGCUGAUAAAUGGAAUAGAAUGAAAUAAAACAAAACCAUCUUCUCAAGAGUUAUCGUAUGUGCGGACACUGCACACGGUGUCCAUCUUCAUGACCAGUUCAAUGCAAUAGCGGUGGUGAUCGUGCUUGUACACGACAUUUCUACUCGAUUUUUUUUUCUGUAGCAAUGCACAUAUUUUGGAAUUUUGGAUUGGCGUCAUGGUUUAUAUUGUAUUCAAAGUCCAAUCACGGUAUAUGUUAGAACAGUUGUUAAUAAGAGUUGCGUAUUUAUUGCCAUCAAUAAAAAAAUGUACACAAUGUUUAAUGCAUGUACAUGUACUGUAUAUUGUAAAACCAUUUUACUCUUAAAGAUGGUAAUAUGUUUAAACAUUUAAUGUAAAUAGGUUUAAACAAUCGCAAGGGAAAAUGUAAAAGUGGAAAUGCAUGAGCAUUAUUAUGAAGCGCACACAAUAACAUUAUACAGGAUUCAGUUUAAUGUUAAGCACUUUCGUGACAAUGUCAUUUCCCAACUACGUUCUAGGAAAGAGACGGAAGACAUUGAAUGACGUGCACAAUGACAUGUAUACGUAUUUGACAGUGAAACACGAUAAUCGACAAAAUACUACUGAAUAAAGUAUUAAAACGUUACAAUGCAUAAAUGUUCUUAAAAUAGCAUAAUAAUAAAAGGUACCGCAAUACAAAGGAUAUGCUGACUUUUGGUCGUUAUACUUCUGGUCACUGUUUUGUUUGGGAGAAUGCCGUGCAUAUCAAUUCCUACCUUUCGACUCUAUAAUGUAAAGGCGUGAGAGAGACUUGAGAAGGUUUUGAACUGUUAACCGUUCUUGUUAAAUGU